UCGAGGUCAAAUAUAUACUAAAUACUCACUGGGAAAUCUCUCUCUCUCUCUCUCGUUCUUUCUUUCUCCGUCGUGUUUCGUUUCUCUCUCUUCUGCCUCAACGAUUAUCUGGAUCCGAAGCAAUCUCAAUCCACAAAAGCUUGAUUCUAGAUGGAGAAUAAUGGAAUGCUGAACGUGAAGAAGUGGGUAGUGAUGUACCCAGUCUACAUCAAUUCCAAGAAGACUGUAGCGGAGGGAAGGAGAAUCAGUUUGAGUAAAGCUUGUGAGAGCCCUAACUGCAUUGAGAUUAGCGACUGCUGCAAGCAUCUGAAACUCCCUAGCGCCGUCGAGAUUGACAAAGCGUACCCGCGUGAUUUCAUGCAAGUGGGGAGAGUGAGAGUGCAGUUGAAAAGAGAGGAUGGGACUUUUGUCAAUCCCGCCAUUGCUUCAAGGAAGCAACUGAUGCAGAAAAUUGCAGAAUUGGUACCGAGACAUCCAGAGAGAGUGAAGAAGCAGGAAUCUCAGAAAGCGAAGAAGCAAGAACCCCAGGCAACAACAUCAACCGCUGGAACUUCAUCGAAGUCAGGCAAAGGUGGCAAGAAGAAGCGAUAAAUAAACAAGCUCUCACUUAUUUUUAUCCUUCGCAUGAGAUUCUAUGGUUUUUAAUUUUACAGACUCACAAAAAUGUGUUUGCAGAUGUAAAAGAUUUUGAUGGUUUUUAUCACUGUGCUUUGGCUUUUUGGCAUCAUUAUAUCAAUAGACAAGUACGAAUUAAAGAAACAAAAGAAGAAAAAGACAAA